AGAAAAGUAAAAGUGGGGCUCAUAUAAAAUUGACAAAGCAAGUAGCUUUGUGGAGCUACUUGGCUUCACAAAGCAACAAGCUAAAUUUGUCUUCAACAAUAAAGCUACUAGCUCUCAAUAUGUAGGGUGAAAUUGAGUAUUUUAUUUAUUUUCUAUAUAAGGUUCUAUUCAUGUCUUCACACUUUUUUUUUUUCUUUCUACUUUUUUUUUUUAAAAUUAAAAUUAAUUCAUUGAUUUAAAGUCAUACGACAUCUACAAUAAAAGCAAAAUUUAAGCGCGAAAAAAAAAAAAACUUCCCCCAAUAUCCCAUGUAGUUUUGUGGUUGCCAAGAAAAGACAUGGAGUUUUGUACAUUGUGAAGCAGAUAAUUGAGAAGUCAAUUGAUAUAAUUGCAAAAAAACGAAAAAAAAAACAGCGGGUUCAUUAGAAACAGGUUAAAUAACAAUAAAUUACAAAAGUUCGGUUUUCUAACCCAUGAAGUUUAAAUGUAAUGGUUGGAAAUAUAAUCUGGAAGCUUAAACUAUGCUCUUCACCAAAACACAUUCAUCAACUUCAUGGAUUCCUCGUUUGCACAGGACUUUACAAUGACAACAUCAUCCUUUCCAAAUUCAUUGAAGCUUGUUCAAGAUUCAAUCUUUUCUAUUAUGGGUACUCUGUUUUCAACCAAAUAUUUAAACCCUCUGUUUAUCUUUUCAACACCAUGAUCAAGUCUUUGUCUUCCCAUCAUUCUUCUUCUGAAGAAGCUAUCUUUCUCUUCAACAACAUUCGGUUUUUUGGCCUUUUCCCUGAUUCUUACUCUUUCCCUUUCGUGCUUAAGGCGGUGAGCCGGCUUUCGGAUGUUAAUGUAGGGAAGAAGGUUCAUGGGCAGACUGUAAAAUCUGGGUUUGAGUUAAAUAUUCAUGUUGAUAUUGCCAUUGUUAAGAUGUAUUCAUCAUGUGGGUACUUAAUGGAUGCACGGAAGAUGUUCGAUAAAAUGUCUAGCUCGGAUGAUGUUGCAUUGUGGAAUGCGAUGGUUGCUGGUUAUGCUGGUAAUGGUGAUAUGAAUAGUGCUUUGGAAUUGUUUGAGAGGAUGACUGAGAGAAAUGUGAUCUCUUGGACUACGUUGAUAGCUGGAUAUGUUCAUGUGAAUCGACCUAAGGAGGCGAUUGAGGUGUUUCAUAGGAUGCAAGUUGAGGAUGUGGAGUUGGAUGAGGUUGCUCUAUUGGCUGUUCUUUCAGCUUGUGCAGAUUUAGGGGCGCUUGAGUUAGGCGAGUGGAUCCAUGAUUUCGUUGAGAAGCGUAGUUUGCGUAAGAACAUACCUCUCAGUAAUGCUCUUGUUGAUAUGUAUGUGAAAUCAGGAAAGGUAGAAAAGGCUUUGCGUGUUUUUGAGAGUAUGCAAAACAAGAAUGUAGUGUCUUGGACAACUAUGAUAGUAGGAUUGGCCUUCCAUGGGUUAGGAAGGGAAGCAUUGGAGAUGUUUUCUUGCAUGGAGAGAAUGGGAGGGAGGCCAAAUGAAGUCACUUUCAUUGGAAUUCUGUCAGCUUGUAGCCAUGUUGGGUUUGUCGAAUUGGCGAAGUCAUAUUUCAUGGCUAUGAGUUCCAAGUAUGGUAUCACGCCAAACAUUCAACACUACGGUUGUAUCGUGGAUUUGCUCGGCCGUGCUGGCUAUCUGGAAGAAGCAGAGGAUCUAGUCAGGAAGAUUCCCUUUGAUGGUAAUACAGCAGCGAUAUGGGGAUCGCUUUUAGCUGCUGCUAGAAUGCAUGGAAAUUCCUCCCUUGCUGCAAAAGCUCUGCACCACCUAUCAAUUUUGGAACCUGAUAAUAGUGGGAACUAUGCUCUUCUUUCCAAUACAUACGCUGCAGUUGGAUGUUGGAGUGAAGCUAGGUUGGUGAGGAAAGCACUGAGGAGCUCAGGUGUAAAAAAAAACCCUGGUGAAAGCUCCAUUGAAAUAAACGAUUGCAUUCAUAGCUUUGUUUCAGGUACAUUAUCACAUCCCGAGUCUAAGGAGAUUCACGACAUGCUUUGGGAGAUAAACCAGCAAUGUACAUUGGAAGGUGAUGGGCAAAAUAAAGAGGAACAAUUGUUGAUGGAAUGAAUGUGGACUAUGAUAAUCAAUGCAUAAAAGACAAGUGCUGAAGAAGUAACACAUUGGAGUCCUGGAGACACAUGAUCAAUCAAUCCAAAUGCUAUAGUUAUAUUGGAGAGACAUCUGAAAUGAUUUGCAUGCUUCAAAUUCGAUGGUAAUAUGAUUAAAGCCUAUGAUGCUUUCAGAUGAGCAGCACAGUAUCGUUAAGGAUUGACAAAUUAUUAGCUCGAGACAGGAGUACUUGAAUUCUAAUUCUUGGUUAUAACCAUGAGGGAGUUACAGCUUCUCAAAAGCAAUGUCAUGCAGCUCAGUUUCCAUAUUCAGGACUAAAGCAAGUACUUAGUAAAGCAGAAAAUGUGUUCAGAUAUAGGUGACAAUGCAAGGAUGAAUUCCGAAAUACUGAACAGGGGAGGCACCCUGAGAAACUAGGACAGCUUUGCAUGGUGAUGGAGGCACUAUAUCCCUGCUUUGCUUAAAAUAUAAAUCCUUUGUCAAGUAGGUAGGACAUCAUAACAUAUAACAAUUAUUAUCUGAUCAAAGACUCUAUUUGAUUUUA